CUGCCGCCGGAGCUGGAUUGAGACCUGAGACAGCCCCACCCCCACUUAACCCCAUUAUCCAAUCAGCGGCCCCACCACCCGACACUGCCGGGUUCUGUGCCAGAGCUCUUGUCCCAUUAAGGAAGCAACGCUGCUCCUGAUUGGUUGGCGGAGGCCGCCGCGGCGGCUUUUCAAGCAGGGGAGCGAGGGAGCGCGUGCAUGCUUAGGAGCGCGAACCCGAAAUCCUAGCGCGAGCGAGCCUGGGGCUGCUGCCGGGAUCGGCGCGGCGCGCGGGGCUGCACCUGUGCGGCUGCACCUUAAGAGAGGAGCCGCUCCGGGGACGCGGAAAUGUACCAGCGGCCGGCAGUGGCAGCAGCCUGGGCAAACCCCGCCCCCUUGCAGUAGCCCAGUUUCCAACUCUUCAUCUUUGGUCCAGGCAGCACCCUGUAGCCUAAGCCCCUGCCAGCCCCGUUCAGCCCCAGCAGCCCACGUCCCCGCAUCCAACACCUUGACCGCCCUGCUCCUCCCACAAGCGGCUGCAGAGCAGGUCCUUUCCUUAUCAUCUUUACUCCCUGCUCCACCUCUUGCACCUUGAUCACGGUCUCCUCCCAACUCCUGCUAAACCGCAGUGCCAGGAACUGGGCCCCUCCCCUCCAGACUCAUGGCACAGAACGCCUGUCCCAGCUCUGCACUCAUUGUAGGGGACUGUGCAGACAUGAAUCCCAGGAAGGUGGCUCUCAUCACGGGCAUCACUGGCCAAGAUGGCUCGUACUUGGCUGAGUUCCUGCUGCAAAAGGGCUAUGAGGUGCAUGGCAUAGUUCGCCGAUCUAGUUCUUUCAACACUGGCCGGAUUGAGCAUCUCUACAAGAAUCGACAGGCUCACACUGAAGGAAACAUGAAGCUGCACUAUGGUGAUCUCACAGACAGUACUUGCCUGGUGAAGAUAAUUAAUGAAGUGAAGCCCACUGAAAUUUACAACUUGGGAGCUCAGAGCCAUGUCAAAAUUUCUUUUGACCUAGCAGAAUAUACUGCUGAUGUUGAUGGAGUUGGCACUUUACGGCUUCUAGAUGCUGUUAAGACCUGUGGCCUUAUCAACUCUGUGAAGUUCUACCAAGCCUCAACCAGUGAACUUUAUGGGAAAGUGCAAGAAAUACCACAGAAGGAGACUACCCCUUUUUAUCCCAGAUCUCCAUAUGGAGCAGCCAAACUGUAUGCCUACUGGAUUGUGGUGAACUUCAGGGAGGCCUACAAUCUCUUUGCUGUGAAUGGCAUUCUCUUCAAUCAUGAGAGUCCCAGGAGAGGGGCUAACUUUGUGACUCGAAAAAUUAGCCGAUCAGUAGCUAAGAUUCACCUCGGACAGAUGGAAUAUUUCAGUUUGGGCAAUCUGGAUGCUAAAAGAGACUGGGGCCAUGCCAAAGACUACGUUGAGGCUAUGUGGCUGAUGUUGCAAACGGAUGAGCCAGAGGACUUUGUCAUAGCUACUGGGGAGGUCCACAGUGUCCGUGAAUUUGUGGAGAAGUCAUUUAAACACAUUGGGAAAACCAUUGUGUGGGAAGGAAAGAAUGAAAACGAGGUAGGCCGAUGCAAGGAGACCGGCAAGAUUCAUGUGACAGUCGAUCUCAAAUACUACAGGCCAACUGAAGUGGAUUUUCUUCAAGGAGAUCGUACCAAAGCAGAACAAAAACUGAAUUGGAAACCCAGAGUCACUUUUGAUGAGUUGGUGAAAGAGAUGGUGGAAGCUGAUGUGCAACUCAUGAAGAAUAACCCCAAUGCCUGAGCCUGUUCUUUGCCUUCAAAUGGGCUUUUCAUCUUCCCUAGAAAAAUCACUCCCGACGGUUGGUGGAGGCUGCCGUCUGCGUCUUAGCUGGACAUAAUUGAUUGGAGGAGAAUCAUGAUCGGUGUAAAAUGUUGGAGGGGGGGCUUUUAAUUAAUUUUAUUUUAUGUACUUGUGUAAAAGAUGCAUUUAAUUUCCAGACCUUUAAUUUGCAAGUAAGAGAAGAUCUCAAACACCAUUGCUACUGCUUCUGUUUAACUUUCUUAAAUUUGAGGUUUAUUUCCAGGGUUGUUUCCCCUCAUCAUGUACCUGAAAUAUAUUGGCUGGGAUCUGACCGGUGGGCUGUCCAGUUAAUUUCCUUUUGAUAUUAAAAAUCAUCUUUCUACAAAGGA